CUGUGCGUGUAUGUGUGUGUGAGUGUGUGUACGUGUGUGCGAGACUGUGCGUACGUGUGUGUGUGUAUGUGUGUUGCCUCCUCUGGUGUUGAUGUCGACUGACUGCCACCGAGUCUGACGGUGAACAAACGGGGCUUUUUUAAGAAAACGAGAAAAAGGAAAAAAAAACACUCCAGGUGAACCGCAUCACCUCGACACUUUUUUUUCGUUGGGAGAAGCAGUGACCCGUCCUGUCCGAGCCUCCACCGGGUCGGUCCGAAACGAUGAGCCAGCCUCGGCCGGACGAGUUCGAGCCUCCUCCGGAGUGCCCGGUCUUCGAGCCCAGCUGGGAAGAAUUUGGAGAUCCUUUUGCUUUCAUUAAUAAGAUCCGUCCCAUCGCCGAAAAAACUGGCAUUUGCAAAGUCCGCCCGCCCCCGGGUUGGCAGCCUCCGUUUGCCUGCGAUGUGGACAGACUUCACUUUGUUCCUCGGAUCCAGAGGCUCAAUGAACUGGAGGCACAGACCAGAGUUAAGCUCAACUUCUUGGACCAGAUUGCCAAAUUUUGGGAUUUGCAGGGAUGUGCCCUGAAGAUUCCUCACGUGGAGAGGAAGAUUUUGGAUCUAUAUAAGCUAAAUAAGCUGGUAGCAGAUGAGGGUGGAUUUGACAUUGUCUGUCGGGACAGGCGAUGGACCAAGAUUGCACUACAAAUGGGCUUUGCCCCUGGCAAAGCUGUCGGCUCACACCUGCGAGGGCAUUAUGAGAAAAUCCUCUAUCCCUACAAUCUCUUUCAGAAUGGAGCAAACCUGCUGGCACCGGAGACAGCUUCCAAACUGAUGCGUUUGGAGGCUGAUCCUGAACUUGAAAAGUGUGUUCAGAAGCCAGUCCAGCCGGUGGAGAGCACAGGAACCAUGGAGAGCGUGGACACCAAGGAGCACAAGCUGCAGGACCCGGCUCAGAGGCCGCCUGUCCAGUCGCCUGACAACUGCCCCAGCGCUCGCAGAGCUAAACGCAUGAAGUGUGAGGCCAUCUGUGUGAAGACUGAACCAGGUGAGCUCGGCGACAGCAGGCCAAACCUGAGAAGGAGGAUGGGUUCUUUUGUUGCCAAGUCAGAACCAGAAAAGGAGAUUCCCAUUCCAAUGAAACAGGAACCAGUUGAAAUUAAAGAACCAAUAAUUGAAGCUGACAAAUCCAAGUCACGGUACAAGAAAUUCAUCCCUCCAAUUGCUCCAAGUCCAGUGGAUCUGGUUGUGUGUCUGGUGUGUGGCAGUGGGGGAGAUGAAGACCGUCUGUUGCUGUGUGACGGCUGUGACGACAGUUAUCACACUUUCUGCCUGAUCCCUCCUUUACGUGACGUCCCCAAAGGAGACUGGAGGUGCCCCAAGUGUCUGGCUCAGGAAUGCAACAAACCUCAUGAGGCAUUUGGCUUUGAACAAGCAUACAGGGACUACUCCCUGCGUGCAUUUGGGCAAAUGGCUGAUGCGUUCAAAUCUGAUUACUUCAACAUGCCAGUUCAUAUGGUACCCACAGAGCUGGUGGAGAAGGAGUUCUGGCGUUUGGUCGGAGCCAUCGACGAGGAUGUUACUGUAGAAUAUGGAGCAGAUAUCGCCUCAAAGGAGUUUGGGAGCGGGUUCCCCAUCCCAAAUGGGAAGCUAAAGGUUUCCCCAGCUGAUGAGAAAUACCUCAACUGUGGCUGGAACCUCAACAACCUGGCGAUGAUGAAUCCUUCUGUACUGACUCAUGUGACAGCUGACAUCUGUGGGAUGACACUGCCAUGGCUUUAUGUUGGCAUGUGCUUCUCCUCCUUCUGCUGGCACAUUGAGGAUCACUGGAGCUACUCCAUCAACUACCUGCACUGGGGAGAACCCAAAACCUGGUACGGAGCUCCUGGUUUUGCGGCAGAACAGCUGGAGGAGGUGAUGAAGAAACUGGCCCCAGAGCUGUUCGAGUCUCAGCCAGACCUGCUGCACCAGCUGGUCACCAUCAUGAACCCUAACACCCUGAUGGCCCACGGAGUCCCAAUUUACCGAACAAACCAGUGUGCUGGUGAGUUUGUCAUCACGUUUCCUAGAGCCUACCACAGUGGCUUCAAUCAGGGCUUCAACUUUGCUGAGGCAGUCAACUUCUGUACCGUGGACUGGAUGCCUCUUGGCAGGCAGUGUGUUGACCACUAUCGUAUGCUACACCGUUACAAUGUGUUCUCCCAUGAUGAGAUGGUGUGCAACAUGGCCUUGAAAGCAGACACACUCGAUAUGGUCCUGGCCUCUGCUGUCCAUAAGGACAUGGUCGUCAUGAUCCGAGAGGAGCAGGAACUGCGAGAGAAAGUGAAGAAAAUGGGGGUGUUGCAUUGCAAGGAGGCCAAAUACGAUCACCUCCAGGAUGACGAGCGGCAGUGUGCUAAGUGCAGGACCACCUGCUACCUGUCUGCCAUCACCUGUCCCUGUAGCCCAGGAGUACUGGUUUGUCUGUACCACAUCAGCGACCUCUGCUCCUGCUCCGUCACCAACUACACACUGAAUUACAGAUUCACACUGGACGAGCUGUUCCCCAUGAUGAACGCUGUGAAGCAGCGAGCUGAGCUCUAUGAUGAAUGGGCCUCCCGUGUGACUGAGACUCUAGAGGCUAAACUGGAGAAGAAAAGAGGCCUGCCAGUUUUUCGUGGCCUUCUUGCUGAAUCAGAGUCCAAGCAGUUCCCCGACAACGACCUGCUGCGUCGGCUACGUCUGGUCACACAAGAUGCAGAGAAGUGUUCCUCGGUGGCACAGCAGCUGUUGAACGGCAAGAGGCAGACCAGGUAUCGGUGCGGCAGUGGGAAAUCACGGAGCCAGCUGACCGUGGAGGAGCUGAGUUCAUUUGUGAGGCAGCUGUAUAACCUCUCCUGCAGUCUCCCCCAGGCGCCCAUGUUGAAGGAACUCUUGAAUCGCAUCGAAGACUUCCAGCAGCACAGCGAGAAGGUCCUGGCAGAUGAGGUCCCCCGCGUCGCUGAGAUCCAGAGCCUGUUAGACAUCAGCUUUGACUUUGACGUGGAACUGCCCGAGCUGCCUCGCCUGAGAGUGAGGCUGGAGCAGGCACGCUGGCUUGAGGCGGUGCAGCAGGCCAGCGCCCAGCCCGCCACACUGACUCUGGAGACCAUGAGGAGGCUCAUCGACCAGGGAGUCGGCCUGUCGCCUCACCCAUCCGUGGAGAAAGCCAUGGCGCGUCUUCAGGAGCUGCUCACCGUGUCCGAGCACUGGGAGGACAAGGCGAGCAGCCUCCUUAAAGCCAGACCACCACACUCCAUAGAGACUCUUAGUGCUGCUGCUGAGAAGGCAUCUGGCAUCCCCGCUUACCUCCCAAACUGUCUGCUCCUGAAAGACACCAUCAGAAAGGCCCAAGAGUGGCUUCAGGAAGCUGAGGAGCUUCAGGCCAGUGGUUGUGUACCGAUGGUGGACAGCCUCUCUGACAUGGUGCUACGAGGACAAGCCAUUCAAGUCCACCUGGAACCUUUAGACAAGCUGGAGUCUUUAAUGGUCGAAGUUCAGGAAUGGAAAGAAUCUGCAGCUACAACCUUCCUUCAGAAAGACUCAACUCUUACCUUACUGGAGGUUCUGUGUCCAAGAUGUGAAGUUGGAAAUAUAGGUUCUCCAAAGAGGAAGGCCAAGAAAGGGAAAGAAUCGCCUAAAAGUAACAAAAAGAAAACACCAAGGUUCAACACUCUCACUGAUGUGGAAAAAGCGCUUUCAGAGACCAAGGAUUCUACCUCUGCAAUGGCAACUCUGGAGGAGCUGCGGGUGAGGGAGAUGGAGGCUUUCUCUAAUCUCAGGGCAGCAAAUGAGUCAAAGCUCCUCCCCACAGCAGACUGUAUGGACCUAAAGGUGUGUGUCUGUCAGAAGGCGCCCAUGGGUGCGAUGCUGCAGUGUGAACUCUGCAGGGAUGCUUUCCACAGCGUGUGUGUCAGAGACGCGUUAGACUCCUGCGAAACACAGCCGUGGCUCUGUCCGCAGUGCCAGCAAUCAGAAAAACCCCCAUUGAACAAAGUCCUCCUGCUGCUAUCGUCUCUGCGGCGCAUAGGGGUGCGCCUGCCAGAGGGCGACGCUCUGCACCACUUGGUUGAGAGGACAGUUGACUGGCAGCAGCGAGCACAUGAGAUUUCACAGACGUGUAGCCUACCAGAGCUGGAAGAGAGACCGGGAACUCCCCCUACCCUAACCUGCUGGGUGUCAGGCAGCCAUGACGCUCAGAACAACACUCAGGCUCCAUGUUUGACUCCAGAGUGGAAUAGGACAAGCCAUGCUCAGACUGUAUUCUACACCGAGCAGAGAUGCAUACCGCUGCAGGGCUUGAGUCAGGAGCUGGAGGAGCUGAUGGUGGAGGGGCUUCUGCUGCCGGUGUCUCUGCCAGAGGUCCAGAGCCUCUACCACGUUUUACUGGACAGAGCCACCAGCCAGCACACAAACAGAUGCAUGUUGCCACCACAGGAUGAGUCCACAGACUGUGACACACACAUGCAGUUCAACUCUCAGGGAAAUAAUCUGCCACUGAACCAGGAUGGUGUCGACGCCAUGAGGGAAACUAUGCCCGGUUCAGAAAAGAAAGUGAAGCGGCAUCUGGAGAGGGAAGGUUUAGACGUAGAGCGCAGGGUGAAGGACAAAAAACACUCUCACAAAAGACAGAAGAUGAACAAGAAGAACCCGCAGCGCAGACCAGCCUCGACUUCGUCCUCCCCGCGCUCCGAUUUCUCCCAGUCUGACGACUCUGAUGAGGAAAUGGCUGUGUGUCCAGCAGAGAGGUGUCAGCUGCCGGAGGGAGACGAGGUGGACUGGGUCCAAUGUGACGGCAGCUGCAACCAGUGGUUUCACCAAGUCUGUGUCGGUGUCACGGCCGAGAUGGCGGAGAAGGAGGACUACAUUUGUGUCAGGUGUACACUGAACGACGGACACAUGAGAAAAUGAAGAGAUUUUUCUGAAGGAGGUCUGUCUGUCGUCAGCCCGUUAUUGGAGCCACCAGUCUGGAUGUGUCACUGAUCCUGUACCCCCUCCCCCGACCCCUCUCCACCCCUCACCCCACUGUCCUGUCCCGUCUGUCCAACCCUUUUGUAACAACGGUGCUAUCUCCUCUUUGACUUGUUGUCCAGAACUAUAAUGUUGAGUUAUUUUUUUGUAUUUUUACAUAUAUAUAUAUUAUAUAUAUUUCUUUCUUCCUAUGAAUUGUUUGUGGUUGUCUAAAUGGAAAAAAAAGAAAACAAAACACAGGAUGUGAAGUGUGCUGCAUGGGAUUCCAUUACAUUGGCGGAAGGAGUCUUACAACACGAUGCACCCAGUACAGAGGGUUAAUCAAGGGUUAAUAUUAUCUUCUCUGGAACCUCCUUGCAUGUUAAACCAGAGCUAAGGGGACAGACAUCAAGGUUUUCAUCCCCCUAUCCAUAAAAGAAAAUUACUAUAACAUUUUUUCUUUGAAAUCCAGUGUUUAGUACAUGCAUCUUAAUAUAAUUAUUCCCAUUUUUUUGUAGAAUAGGUUUAUUUAUCUGAGCAAUAAUUUUUGUCUGAAUUGACUUUAAAUGGCUUGAUCUCGGCUGAGUUGUGUUGGUGCUUUAGCGAUGGUGUGAUGUACAGAAAGCUACACGAGGUGAACGGUUCACUGCUGUGGAGGCGAAAACAUAGCAGGCCGAAGGAUAAAUAUCUCUGCUGAUGUGUACGUCCACAGCAUGUAACCCCGUAAAGGAUACUGUGGGAGGGACUCGGGGGGGUGGGGGGUGGGGUAGCUGAAGAUGUUACAAGUUUAUAUUGUGGAAUAAAGCCCUUUUGUUCUAUGGAGAAGUCUCGUCCCUUGACUUGAAACCACUAGAUGUCCUUGUAAACACGAGUUAUUCAGAGUUUCCUCACUCAUUUAUUCCUCUUUAUACCCUGAGAACACUUAGAUGAAUCAUUCUGCCUUAUGAGAGUAGUUUUCUAACUCUAGAAAGCUACAAAUUCAAAGUAAUGGCAGAUUUCAUAGUCAAUUUGAGAAAAAUAACUAAUUUUAAAGGUGUCUCUUGCUUCAUCCUAACCCCAACUUCAAUUUAAAAUAAUAAAAAAUUUAGUUAAAGCUCAACAUGCUCGUGUUUUCUAAGGCUUUAUGUGGCCUUAAUGCACCACACAAUAAGCCACACUCCUCCUCUUUAAAACUGUACGUGAGGUUGCAGAGGAAACUAAUGACAACAGCUAAUGUGACCAUAAAAUAUCCAUGGCAGGAGUGAAAAAGGCCAAAUAUACCACAUGAGGCCGUGGUAUGAUUUAGACCAGUGGGUAGGAAAUACAGCAGUGAGCUGUGGCCCGAUCAAGAGGAUAAAACAAAGGACGUUUACUACUACAAUAACAGUGGAUGUUUGUAUUUUCUUAACGUGCUUGAUAACAAUGCAGGUAAUUUAGGGCCAGGAUGUUUGAAAGCCAAAAAAUAACAAGCCAUGAAUGUAACAGAAAACCCAUAAAUGAUCAAUAUCUCAAAGGUUUUAAGAAUAACUUCAAAUCAUCAUCUUUAUUUGUAGAGUAACCAGCAACUAAAGGUGUCAAAUAAAUGUAGUGGAGUAAAAACAGCAAUAUUUUCCUCCAACAUGUAGAAGUAUAAAGUAGCACGAAAUGGAAAGUAAAAGUGCAAACUAAAUUGUACUUGUAUCUUAACUUUGCUCACCCACAGUUUGUCCUUGUUGCAGCCAGAAUUAACGUCAAUUCCUCUUUAUGUUUUUAUACUUUGACAGUGUGAUUUCCUUGAAGACACUCAGCUUUUAUCUACUUCUCACUGAAGGGGGAGCCACAACCCAACAGAGAGAGAGGAAGAAAAAGAAGAAGAGGAAGAAUCCAAACCCCGACGAACAUGGAGGAAGGUUAUGACACUUUAUGAUACUGACACACACUGAAUCUGACUCCACCGAUUUGAUUAUACAGUGAAUGUCGUGGCAACAAAACAUAUGAGUUCAUUCAAAAUUAAUAUAGUGCUGAGAAAGAGUGUAAACCCAAAACUAACAGUUCAUUUUCAGAAGAUAUUUUCAUGUUAUCAGAGGUUAAAAGUAGCUAAGUAAAUUUCAGUUCUGAUGUAGUUGUUCUUUCUAGAUACAACAUUAAUAUGCUGCUUGUGUUUUUCAUUUUAUGCCACUUUAUAAAUCUAAUUCACUACAUCUCAGAGGGUUGGAGAAACGGAGCUCUGCCUUCAGGUACAAAUCUAAAACAAGUUAUAUAAAUGUUUUAUUCUUAAAAAAUAAGAUACUCUAAGCAAAGCUGCAGCAGUAAAACUGUAAAAGCUGGUCAGUCCUGGCAUGUCUCCUCUUCCUCCUCCUCCUCCUUUGCUAGACUUGUCCUUGUUUAACUUUGCUCAGUAAAGCAGAUUGGCAAAGAAACUACAGGGAUCAGUAGUUGGACUCUGUUCAAACAAGCUUAGAUCAGAUGAAACUGAUAUAAUUUGAUCAUGUCAUAAACAACGAGGAGCAGUAAUCAAAUUAACUGGAUGGAUCAUCGCUGUUACACACUGUAAAUAAAAAUGAACACAUUACAUCCAGAAUUAAAAGUGAAAUCUCGCCACAUCUGACUGAUUUGGUGUAAUUUGUCGAUGCAUUAAGUGACUACAGUUGUAAGGAUAUUAAAACAGUAUUUUUCACA